AAAUAGCAUUCUCAUAUUGGAGUCUAGGAAAAUGGUUCACAUUUAAUUAGACCACCAUGCCUUCAGCUGAGUGUUUGAGGCAGUUCGUUAACGAUCGCCUGGCUGCGGCGGCUGAAGAGAUAAUCAGUGUGUUUGAGAAAACCAUCGCUGGCUAUGAAGAAGAGCUGAGCCGUCAGCGCAGGCUGCUCAGCAUCGCCUGGAAACCCCAAGUAAAGUUGCACAGGGCAGACCUCCAACAGCAUUUAAUCCAUGUGAAAGACAUUCCGAAAGAACUGCAGCUCGGCAAACAGGACAGGAAGUCCAUUCCGGAGCAAGAAGAGGGAGAGCUCACACAGAUUUCAGGGAGGCGUGACAAAAUAUGCCUCAGUCAUCACAAAGAAGUAGUGCUGAAAGAGGAAAAUGCAUCUCUUUUCCCAAGUACUACAUUUGAUGAAGUUGGCCACAAAGUAGAUCAGUCUGUCUUGUCCAAUCCAGUGGAAGAGGAGUCCCUGGACACAGUAUGUGAGCUCCAGAGGAGUUCCAGUGUAAAAGAACAUAACAUUGAUGAUCACCUUGUCUCUAACUAUUCUGAAGAUAUGAGCAAAGAUCAGACCCAAAGCAAAGACGCUGAUUCAGUGGCAACCAGAUACGUGGAGACCAGACUGCAGAGGAGGCAGCACAGAUUCACUGAGUCACAUAGCGUGGCCACGUUAAAAACUCCUAUUAAUACUCAUAAGGGUAAAAUCUCUGAGUUUAUAUGUGAAUCCUGUGGAAAAACUUUUCCAUAUAAAUCCAGACUGAUCCGGCACCAGGUAAUCCACACGGGCGUGAAGCCAUACUGCUGCCACACCUGUGGUAAGCGAUUCAACCAGACCUCAAUACUGAAGGUCCAUCAGAGGAUCCAUACGGGUGAGAGGCCGUAUUCCUGUGACGUCUGCGGAAAGCGGUUCAACCAGAAGUCUAUACUGAAUGUGCAUAAAGAAAUCCACUCCGUUGAGAGGCCAUAUUCCUGUGAUUUCUGUGGCAGAAGGUUCAAGCAGAAAUCGAAACUGGAAUCCCAUGUCAUAUGGCAUACAGAAAUCCCACGGCCGCUUUUCUUUAAUGAAGAACAUUUCCUGUCUGACCAGCAGCUCUUUAAACAUGACCUGGACUCCACCUUAGGUUUGGAGUUUCCAAAAAUCAAAGAUGAGCAGGAAGACUUCUUCUUGGGUCAGGACAUGGAGAGGCUUGUGUUGAAGCAGGAGAUGGACACGUUUAUGGUGUCCCAUGAGGAAGGAGACCAAAGCGUCGCUCAAACACAGGAAGAGGUUGCAGAGGUCACAUCUGAUCACAAAGGUGGAAAACAACAAGAGAAGAUGAAACACAGAAACUAUCAUGUAUAUAAUCCUAUCCUGUUUAAGAGUUCUUGUAACCCUCACAUGAAUAAAAAGUGUGAGUAUAAAUGCAAUUCCUGUGGGAAAGACUUUCAGUUUAAGUCCAGACUGAUAAGACACAUGCGAAUCCAUACGGGAGUAAAGCCGUUCUGCUGUCACAUCUGCGGCAAGAGAUUCAACCAGAAAUCCAUCCUGCAGGUCCACCAGCGGAUCCACACCGGGGAGAGGCCUUUUUCCUGCGACAUCUGUGGAAAACGCUUCAACCAAAAAUCCAUCCUGAACGUUCACAAGAGAAUCCACACGGGCGAGAGGCCGUAUUCCUGCCAAGUCUGCGGCAAGAGGUUCAACCAGAAGUCCAUACUGGACGGCCACGUCAGGACGCACACGGGCGAGAGGCCAUAUUCCUGCAAGACGUGCGGCAAGAGCUUCAGAAGUCACUCCAGCCUGCUGGUUCACAUGAAGAAGAUGCACACAGACAUGAAGGUCUACCCCUUGUCCGUUCUGACCAUGUAUCCGGUUCAAAGUAUGCGCAAGUUUGUCUGCGACCGGCUGACUGCAGCAGCUCAGGAGAUCCUGGGAGCGUUUGAAAAGAGAGUAGAGGAGUAUGAAGCGGAGCUGGCGCGACAGCGCAGGAUGUUAGACACGGUGUUUUCUCCAGAGAUAAAGUUACAGAGGACAGAAAUCAAGGCUCUUCAAAAUCAGCAGCAGUAUGGCAGUAAUGACGGAGCAUCCAGAUUCCUACCAGGUACUGUGCAGAUUAAAGAAGAGCAUGAGGAAAUGUGCAUCAGCCAGGAGCGACCGCAGCCUCUGCAGCAGCAAGAAGCUGCAGCCUCCAGGCUGACUUCAGCUUCUCAUCCAAUUACCACUGGUGAGAAAUCACAGCUGCUAGGUCCUGAAAAAGCGUCGGGAGCAAAUAAAGAUCUUCAGUCUAACAGUUCAAACCAAGAUGUAGAGUCUGGAUCUAAGGAGGGGGUAGCCUUGGUGAGUGGGCAAUCGCUCUCUCAAAAUUCAGGCCAUGCUGAAACCCCAAUUGACAAAAGAGGGCCAACAUCAACAUCAGCUGAACCUACAGAGCAAACUUCUACUGAAAGGAGCCCGGCUCAGGCUACAAAUACAGAGGAGUCGUUUGAUGAUGCAUUUUUGGAUGGAAAUUAUGAGGACAUCUUGAAUGAAAUUGACGAGAACUCAUUUGCACUCUCCGGUAUGAGUCCUGAGCCGUCCUCUGAAAUGAGUUUUCAUGACCUAAAUGCAGCAUCAACCAUCAUCACAGAGCAGGCACAGUUGGAGAAAGAUAAUUGUGAGAGGCCAAUGUUAACACCAAUCAAUAAUACUGGGUUCCCAAUGACAGCUGCAACCAAUGAGUCGGCACCAACAGGGGCCUGUAUAGACAACAAUAAAAUAACAGCAACUCAAGAAAACUAUAAACCAGAAGCAAAUAAGAAUCGAGAUGAACAUAUUGUCUUAAGAAGAGUUAUUGAGCCAGUUCAACCCAUGGAAUUAUUUGGUAGGCCAGCGCCUCCUGUCUUAACUGUACCAUUACUAGGUACUGCUCCAACCUCAUCUGUAAUAGGUCAAAAUGGAAUGAGCGCAUUUUGUACAGGUGACAAAGAUAAGCUCAUAACAUCAACCGGAUCUGCUGAAUCUGCACCAAACAUUAUAACAUCAGUAAAUAUCCAGGAGACAACCACUGCUGGGGAAUCUCUGCUUGAAAAUGCAAAAGGAAAAGAGGCAAGAUCGGCUCAGAGCACCGGAGACGGCCAGGGUUCUGAGCCGCCGCAAAUAGAGAAAAAAAGGAUGCGGAAAAAGGAAGAUUCCAAAUCUUCCAAAAGCAAUCAAAUGAAAAAGCAAGACAAAGGCAGCAAAGAGAACAACAUGUCAAACCAGAAUCCUGACCCACCGCUGUCUAACACGGAUGAAAGCGAAUCCAGCGACGGAGAGAAGGCAGAAAACCCCUACAAAUGUGACACGUGUGGCAAAGAAAUGUCCAACUUCAAGAACUACAAAUUCCACAUGAAGACACAUACGGUCGCCAAGAACUACAAAUGUGACACUUGCGGGAAGAUGUUCAGAGAGAGCUGGGACUUGAACAAGCAUUUGAUAAUCCACUCUGCUGAGAAGCCUUACAAAUGCGACAUCUGCGGAAACGGAUUCAAUCGGCGCUACAACCUCGACCUCCACGUCCGGGUUCACACAGGGGAAAAGCCGUACAAGUGCAGCACGUGCGGAAAGAGCUUCAGCUCAUGCGUCAAUAUGAAAAAGCACAUGAGGAUUCACACAGGCGAAAAGCCUUAUACCUGCAAGGAAUGUGGCAAGGAGUUUGCAGACUCAUCUGCUUAUAAAAACCACCUGCGGGUACACACGGGGGAGAAGCCUUUCAAGUGUUCCUACUGCAAGAGGAAGUUCGCCACCAGGACCACUUUAAAACGACACAUCAGGACGCACACGGGUGAGAAGCCAUACAAGUGCACCGUUUGUGAUCGAAGCUUCGGUCACAGAACUGACCUGAAAGGCCACAUGAGGAUGCACACAGGGGAGAAACCUUAUAGCUGUUCUACUUGUGGAGAGAAGUUCUCCUCCUGGUCUAAACUGAACAAACACAAGCGCAACCACACGGAUGAAGAAAAGGACUCCACCGAAUAACGUCGAGUUUGUUAUGAAAGUAUCUAAAUUAGGGCUCCAAUUAACAAUUAUUUUGUAAAUUGAUUAAUCUGUCGAUUAUUUUUUCGGGUAAUCAGUUAAUAAUCUGAUAGCCAGAGGUUCCUUAAAGAAGACUUUUUUAAUGAAACCAAUUGAAACUAAAGCUUUUCCACUUCAGGAGUUCUGGAUAAAGCAUAUUGAUAGAGGAAAUCUGUCUUUUGCAUUAAAUGCAAAAUGUUUGUAUAUUUUUUAUUUGUGGGCAUAGAUAAUUUUUUUAAAAUCUAGAUUAAUCUCGCUGCAAUCUUAGAAUGAAUCUGCUUAUUUGAAUUAUGCUGAAGGCAUUCAUGACAUGUGUGCUACCUGCACAAUUUAGAAGAAAAGGUUUACUUUUUUUGUUUGCAAAAUCACACGUUUUGUCUUAUUGUUACUGAGUUUUUGCUGUAAAAAUAGUGUUACACUUCUGUUUAUAGAUGUCCCACUUUAACAAUUAGUGUCACAAAAAAUUGUGUUAACACUGAUAACGGCCCACCACUAAUAUAUUUUUUACAAUCUUGGUAUAAUUACUGCUCUAACUGGGUCGCUCUGUGAGCUAAAGGCAUGUUUUAGAGUCUAUUAAUUGAGACAAUUAAUCGAUUACUAAAUUAGUGAACGAUUAUUUCAAUAAUGAUUAAUCCGGUUGAUUGUUUCAGCCCUAAUGUAAAUAAGUGAGGAAGGUGAUUGGAAACAAGGCAAUGAUGGUUAGCUGUGGAUUAAAUUUUUUAACAGAUGAGCUAUAAAAAAAGGUUUCUACUGUACAUAGUUUAGAAAAGACAAAAAAGUAUGGAGUUUGAAAUGUUUUCCAUGCUCUGUAUAUGUUCCUUCUCUUCCUUUCAUCAUUUCCCUUCUUUUGUUUUUCACAUCCUUCUUUCCUUUUUUUCUCCACUCAUUCUUUAUUUACUGUCCUUGGUGUUUUUUCCCCUUUCCAUUCAGCUCUUCAUGUGCUCCACCUGUCGACCUUUUUUCUUUUGUUACCUCUUUCUUCCUGUUAGCUCCUUCAUUUUAUCAUCCCUGUCUCUGUUUAAUUCUCAGCCUUCCUUUGUUUCAUCCUUCCACUCUUGUAUAUUGGCUUUCUAUCCUUUCACUUGCCUGCUUUUUUUGCCUUGCCUUCCUUUUCUUUCUUUUCUUCUAUCCUUUGUUUUCUCCCCCUAUAUUCCCAUGUCUAAAUAUCUAAAGCCGGCUGCUUGUAAAAAAAAAAAAAAAAAAAAAGCCAUGAAAUCAAAGUGAACUCUUAGUGUCUUAUGUUUUAAAAUUAACUUAAAACUUGAGUCUGAAAAAUUUUGAAUUCUUUACACGUUAAAUCUUUAAGAACCCUGUUAAGAUAUUAGAUUUAUGUUUUUUCUGAUAAACAUGGGUCAGAACUUUUUUCCUCUGAAGACUCUUUCAGCAGAAAAAAAAAUAGGAAUUUUAACGAGAAGAUUGUGCUUUUAAAUAAUGUGUUUAUAAACUGUUACAAUGAAUCUUUCUGGUGCCACAGACUUCAGAUCUAAUCUGAACAAGCAUGGGUCAGUAGGAUCCAAUGUAUCUCAGGAAUUAGCAGGGAUGGUAAAAGAUAUAUAUAGAUAUAUAGAUGUAUAUACAAAAAGUUCAAAUUUGAAUGUGUAUGACAAUCUUUAUGUAUAUAGGUAUUGCUUAUUCCUACUGCUGCUGAAAUAUUGCAACAUCACAUUUAUUGUUUUUAUUUCUCUGCAAUUAUUCUCAAAAAUAUGUCUCCUCAAAACAUUGGUAUGCCUUAAAUCCAGCAUUGUGGCCAUUUUUCUUUCACAAUUUCUUGGUGCUUCUAGUGAAAAAAUUGAAUUUUGGAAAAAUAUUUUUUAAUGAGGUUCAGCUUGUUACACAUUUUCAUUUUACGCUUAGGAUGUAUUUGUUUUUUUCAAUCCCCAUGUCUAAAUUUGUGUGUUACUUUUAUUUAAAUUUUUUUUUUGCAGUUUUUCUUAGUACGUUGUGUUAGUCUUUAUUUAGAUACAGCUUCAUCACCAACGGCAAAAUGCUGAUCCCUCAAUAGGAAUGACAUUUUAACAAAGUGACUAUGUUUAACACAUUUUAAUUUGUUCAAAUUUCAUUUGAAGUAUCAGUUCUGCUCUGAAGGAAAACUAAAAUAUGUCGUGAUUUUAAAGGUUGUUUUAGAUGUUUUUCAAUAUGCAAAAAUUACUGUCUUAGAAAAACUGUACAU